UGGCUGCUCGAUGGUGAGAUCGAGUGGGACUGCGCUGCUUUCUUCCGCGUCCUGCCGGAGGCCAUUCUUCGGCUGACACGUUUGGAAUGUGUCACAUAUCGUCGAAAGUGUCGAUAAAAGCGAGCUGACGCCACGCGUCGCACUCAAAUCUGUCCCAACAUCAUUCGUCUCGCCACCUGCUCUGAUUUGAACGAGUUGGAGGAUGCGUUCAAAGACCAGUCAGACUGGGCAUGACGGCGCAGGCCAAGCAGAGGGUGUAGCCACAUCUGGCAGAGCGCUCGCAAGAAGCACGAGACUCGGCGCACCGAAACGUCCACCGCCGUCUGGAGAGAUGGGAGAGACUGAGGACGAGAGGGAAAGCGACGCCGGGAAGCUCUUCGAGGACUUCGUCCAGGCUUCCACCUGUAAGGGAACGCUGCAGGCUUUCAACAUCCUGUGUGGACAGUUGGACCUCGACCCCGCCGACCACGGCACCUUCUACGAAUGUCUGAAGGCCAAGGUCACCUCCUGGAAAGCCAAAGCGCUUUGGAGCAAGCUGGACAAGAGGAUGUCCCACAAGGAGUACAAGAAAGGUGACGCCUGUGUGGCCACCAAGUGCCUCAUCAUCGGAGGAGGUCCGUGCGGCCUGCGCACAGCCAUCGAACUCGCCUUGAUGCGGGCCAAAGUGGUGGUGAUCGAAAAGAGGGACUCCUUCUCCAGGAACAACGUGCUGCACCUUUGGCCCUUCACCAUCCAUGACCUGCGGGGCCUCGGGGCCAAAAUGUUUUACGGCAAAUUCUGUGCCGGGGCCAUAGAUCACAUCAGUAUCAGGCAGCUGCAGCUGAUGCUGUUGAAGGUGGCCCUCAUCGUUGCAGUGGAGUUUCACAUCAAUGUGGAGUUUGUCGAGAUGCUGGAACCUCCUGAGCACCAAAAGAAUGAAGGGCCGGGGUGGAGAGCUGCAAUCCGACCUGCUGAUCACCCCGUGGCUGACUUUGAGUUUGACGUGGUGGUGGGGGCCGACGGGCGCAGGAACACGCUGGAAGGUUUCAAGAGAAAAGAUUUUCGGGGCAAGCUGGCGAUCGCCAUCACCGCCAACUUCAUCAACAGGAACACGACAGCGGAGGCCAAGGUGGAGGAAAUCAGCGGCGUGGCCUUCAUCUUCAACCAGAAGUUCUUUCUUGACCUCAAAGAAGAAACAGGGAUCGACCUGGAGAACAUUGUGUACUACAAGGACAACACGCACUACUUUGUCAUGACUGCAAAGAAACAGAGUCUGCUGGAUAAAGGAGUUGUCAUGAAUGAUUACACGGAGACGCAGAGGCUCCUAAGCAGUGAUAACGUCAACCAGGAAGCUCUCCUGUGCUACGCUCGAGAGGCUGCCGACUUUGGCACCAACUACCAGCUUCCCACUCUGGACUUCGCCAUAAACCACUGCGGGCAGCCGGAUGUUGCCAUGUUCGACUUCACCAGCAUGCACGCCUCCGAGAACGCCGCUCUGGUCAGGGAGCGGUUUGGACACCAGCUGCUGGUUGCACUAGUGGGUGAUAGCCUGUUGGAGCCUUUCUGGCCAAUGGGCACCGGCUGCGCUAGAGGGUUUCUGGCUGCCUUUGACACGGCCUGGAUGGUGAAGAGCUGGGCUCAGGGUCGAACAGUACUUGAGGUGCUCGCAGAGAGGGAAAGCCUUUACAGGUUGCUGCCACAAACAACACCUGAAAACAUUGCCAAAAACUUGGAACAGUACACCAUCGACCCAGCGACGAGAUACCCCAACCUCAUUUCCUCAUGCGUCAGGCCUCACCAGGUGCGUCACCUGUACUUGAGUGGAGAGCUGAAUCCGUGCUCUCUGGAGCGUGCCGCCUCCAUCCGUCGACCUGUUAAUAUCUGCAGACGAGAUUCUGAGAUCAGACCUGCGAGGCUUCUCACGUGGUGCCAGAAACAGACGGAAGGUUACAGGAACGUAACAGUCACAGACCUGACGUUCUCUUGGAGUAGCGGCCUCGCCUUGUGUGCUUUGAUCCACAGGUUCAAACCCCAUCUGAUAGACUUUGAGUCGUUAAGUGAGGAAAACCAGGCCGACAACCUCCAGCUGGCUUUUGACAUCGGAGAGCGGGAAUUUGGGAUCAGACCAUUCGCCUCCGUGAAAGAGCUGAGCGGCUCCCUGGAGCCGGAGAAGACCAAAAUCAUCAACUACCUAUCCAAAUUCUACGAACUCUUCCGAGGCACACCUUUACCUGAUGCAGGCUCCAGACGAGUGGAUGAAAACAGUGAAGAUUAUCCAUCUAAGGAAGUCCGAAGUAAUAAUAAUGUUCUUAAUCUUGCUCUGCCAAGGAAACGAGUUCCUAAGGAUGAGAAAAAGACAGAUGGUACAGACUCCAUUUACAAAAGGAGGAGAAAAUUUUGCACUUACUCGGAGGAGGCCACCAUUUUGUCCACUAAAGGGACUUCAAUGUGGGAUGGAAGGGAACCCAAAGAAAACAAAGUGCGCUCAAUGGCUACACAGUUACAGGCCAAAAUUGAGAGCACAACAAGCUACACUCAAAGGAAACUGUCAGAGCGUUCCUCCCCUCUUCAGACUCUCGACCCUGCCGAGUGUGCGCGCUUAAGAUUAUCGCCUCCCAUCCCGCCCAAGCCUCCACCUGAGAUCCAGUUUCAAGUCAGUAUCAGACGCGCGGCACGAAACUUAGUCCCCACGGAGCUUCGACCCAACGCCCGGGAGCUCCCGCCUCAGCCUCCUUGCUGCUUCUCUGUCGUGAAACUCAGACCCGUGCUUCAGACACACGAGCAGACCGAGAUCUCGCCAGAAUCCGAGAGCGAAGUGUGCACCGCGCCCGCCGUCCACUCGGCGGUCGCGUUCAUGUCCAGAGUUCUGCAGCGCCUCAAGGAGGUGGAUGAACUCAUCUGUGAGAAAAAAGCUCAGUCACGACAAACUAGAGAGUUUCAGUCAAAGAGCAUAAAGGAGAAAGCAGUUCACCUCAGCGGUUUGAUCUCAGCAGACAGCUCUGUUGUUAUCAAGGGCAGCUCGGUCCAAAGGGCGUUCCCCCAGUCUGGUGAAAAGUGUCACUCAUGCCAGCGCCGUGUUUAUUUGGUCGAGAGGAUUUGUGCGGAGGGCUUCUGCUUCCACAGGGAGUGCUUUCGCUGCACCACCUGCAGCUCUGCCCUGCGCCAGGGAUCGCAUGCCUUUGACUCUCAACACGGUAAAUUGUACUGCAAGCUUCACUUUGAUCAACUUAACAACGGGAAAAGACUGCACAGGAUUGUGUCUCCACGCUCGAAUCAUUUUGGAAGGCGGUUCGAGGGGCGAUGUGCGGCUGUUGAAGAGGGCGCCUCCUCCGGCUGUACAGCGGCUCUGCAGAGCCAGCCCGCCGCAGAUGCAAACGGAGGCCGUGCCCCGCGGGCCGGGCUCUCGGGUUCUGUGGGUCUAGGAGAUUAUCGGGCCCGGCCGGGGUCGACACCCAAAUCUAAACCGACGCCAAGACAUUUCUCUUCACCUAGUAUGAUGUGUCUGAGACGGCCGGAUGGUUACAAAUAUCUUGUUAAAGGCGACCGUCAACUGCAGGCAGCGGAGAGGCCAUACCGAGGCUUCCUGUUGCUGUUUCUCCACUCGUUUGACAAAUGGCUGGAGCUUCCCUUCAACUUCAAACUGGAUACAACGCACCAGGCAGGGUCUUCGAGAACCAAGCAACAAUGCAAGGAAGUUCCGACAAACACAGCCCAACAAUUUCAUUAACUAUAUCCAAGCACUUACUCAUGAAUUCCACAGUAAUCCAGGUGAUAAGGAUAGAAUACACAUUGCCUCCAAAGUCCUUCUACCAUUCACAAUUCCCUGGUGCAGAACCUACCGUGCCAAAAACAGUAUACAGUAUGUUUUGACCCCUUUGCAUCCUAAAGAUCCAACCAUAAAGGUCACAACAUGUUGUUGGGGAUCAUCAUCAUUCACACAAGUAUUACCAGUUUUAAUUUUGUAUUUAUUUGUGACUGUGACACGGCCUCAUAUUUUCAUGCAAAAUGACACUAAUCUCCACAGUUUACUGUGAAUAUGAAACACUAUCAUUGAACAUUGGCAGAAUUUGUUUUCAUCCUUUACAUUUGAACUAGUUGUAGGACUCAAUGUAACAAAUAUUAAAUCGAUUGAUUGUAUAAUAUGUAAUUCAUAACAUUUUUUUUCUAAAUUAAAAUAGAUUGAAAGAUUAAUCAUGGUUAUUUUUCAUGAGGCUACUAGAUGAACAGAUCAGUCGUAUUUGCAUCCCCACAAAAUAAAAUGUAUAAAUGCAUGACAAAACUAACUGUAAAAUACAUUUUCUCAAGGAAAGUUUCUUGCACAUUGAUUUGAUUAAAUAUUUAAUAAAUACAAUUUAAAGGAUUACUUUUAGCUUCCUUGAAAAAAAAAAUGUUUUCAGAAAAAUAGACUUGACCGUGAGAUAUAAUAAUUUUAAUCUGUUACUCAUUAUCACUUUGUGUAUUUUCUGUACCUGGGUUUUAACUCAGUCUUGUUACCCUACAUUACCCCCUCAGAAAAGAUUGAAAUAUUACACGUCACAUGGUCCACAGGAAGUUGCAUCACUCAUAUCCUUUGCAGGCCACGCGAAGACCAAAAGUAAGGUCACUCUUUUAUUUUUAUGUAUAUUUCAAAUUUCAACAAUGACUUGAACCGUUAAAAUCUGGGCAUUUACCUACUGUAAAUAUACCUCUUAAUGGUAUUUACUGGUUUUAAAGUACUUUUUUUGUUGUUGAAUCACUGCAGUUUGCUUUGUGUCAACAUGCUAUUAGUAUAAAUGCUAUGUGGUUAUAUUUCAUAUAUUCUAUGAUUAAAAACUCAUUCCUGUUACUUUCA